GGCAUGAUGGUGCGCUGCUGCCGCACCUACGAGGAGGUGUGCGAGGGCGACGUGGGCAAGGUCAUCAAGCUGGACAGGGACGGGCUGCACGACCUCAACGUGCAGUGCGACUGGCAGCAGAAGGGCGGCACGUACUGGGUCAGGUACAUCCACGUGGAGCUUAUCGGCUACCCUCCGCCGAGCUCGUCUUCUCACAUCAAGAUCGGCGAUAAAGUGCGGGUCAAGGCCUCCGUGACCACCCCGAAGUACAAGUGGGGAUCCGUGACUCACCAGAGCGUGGGCGUCGUCAAAGGUACCAGGUUCCAGGUGCCCCGUUUCUCUCACUGACGUCAAGUUGGUGUUCAUGUUUUCAU